AUGGCGACCCUGACGGAGGAUGACAUCGAGAAGCUCUUCUCGGGCGCGCCUCAGUACUUCGCCAGGAACGAGAGCCACUUCCACGGUCCUCCCCACCCCAUCGUCGCCUUCCCCUUCGACGAGGAACUCGAGAUUCGGGAUCUGACGGACCACGUCCAGAUCGAGGACAAGGCCUGGAGCGGCGUCACGGCGUGGCCGCACAUCACGAUCGACGUCAACCGCGAUGCAACAGCCAAGCGGCAGGACCGGGAAGGCAACCGGGCCCACUUCCACAUUCGUUGCCGCGAGCGUCCCAACAUGCUCAGCAUGCAGGGCUUGGAGAAGGGGACGAUGGGCUACCAAGCUGGGUUGGAACUCUCGACGGCCGACUCGCUCGAAGAGGAGCAGUUCGGCUUCGAGAGCGUCGGCACCAAGGCUCGGGCCAUCGUCGAGGCCCGCGAGCGAAUGCUGUCCAGCUCCGGCCACCUUCACCGUCUGCCGGAGGCGGAGCUUCUAGACAGGCUCAGGCGCAACGGGGAGCUGUAUCGAAACAACCAUCUGCGGUCGAAGCCGUCGAUCGAGACGUACCAGGACCUGUUCCAGACCGUCAUGCGGCCGUGCAAGACGGUGAUUGACAACACCGACCGCCACAGCCUCUCGAACCAGAUCGUUGUUCUCCUCAAGUGCCUCGGAACGGCCAAUGUCUGGAUCGACUUUUCGCGCAUCGAGUGGCGCAUCCGGCUCGGGCAAGUCCUCUGGGGCGAGGAGAGCGGCGACGACCUCGACGACGCGACGGCCGUCCACGACGCCGACAAUGCGAACGAACGUGCCGAGGAAAAGUACUGGCUGUUCAUGCAGAUCCUCGUUUCCGUCGAGCUGCUGCUCCGGCUGGAUGCCAUCACCGAGGGAGUCGAGUACGGCUCGGGGGGGAUCAAGCCCAUCGACGUGGCCUACUUUGAGCGAGGGGCGACGCAAACGGUCAAGUGGUCCCUGCUGCUUGCCCAGAGCUGGCUCGAAAACAUCGAAGUGACGAAACACGAGGAUGCGGACGCGGCGAGAGCCGCGACCAACCGCCGCAGAAGCAGCACCACCGCCGCCACCAGCACCACUUGGCUCGCCUCCUUGGUGAGCAGGAUGACGAACAUGCACCAAAGAUCGCCGUCUCCGUCCCCGCCGUACGUCUACACGAUCAAGGGGCGGCAGAGCCAGAGGCAGGUGGACGGGCUCAUCCACUUUGCGAGAAAGAUCAUGUGGCCGGGCAUCGACCGGUACGAGGCUAGGAUUUCGCAGAACGCGCAGACGGCGGCCGAGACGAGAGCCGGCCAAGGGCCAAGCUCUCGGGCGCCGAGCUCGCUCCCCGCAGGAGGCGCAGGAUCGUCCUAUUUCGGCGCGUGGGACGUGACGUGCCACCAAGGCAAGCAUAAGCCGCGUGCGAAGACGCAGAGGCGGAGGCUGGCGGCUGCGCUGCACGAGUCGGGAUGGCUCACGAAGUCGUACGUCUUCGGGCUCAUGGUGCCCGGGGAAGCGCUGUGCCACUACCUGAUGGCGACGCUGCUCGAGAGCGACAGGGAGGCCAUGGCCAAGCUGGGAUCGUUUGCCAACCUGUCGGGGGGGUUCGUGUACUCGGAGAAGAGUUUUUGGAGCACCUCGUGCAUCGUCGGCCGCGUGCUCGCCGCCGGAAAGGGGUCGGCCGAGUGCAUGGGGUGGAUAUCGACCGACGUGCUGCCGGAGGGGGUGGGAGACGGAUGGCUAAGCAUCGAGGUCGAAGACGUUGCCGGAGACGUCGCUCAUCUGAGCAGAAAGGCGAGGCUGUGGGGGAAGAAGAAGAUUGAGCGCGAGUCGAGCAUCUUGGGGGACGCCAACGAAGAUUCCGUGCUGCCGGCCGACUUCAUCGUUCCCCACGAAAACACGUACUCGACGCCGCAGCCGAGCGUGUGGGUUGAGCUGCUGACGCUCGAGCUCUCGGCGUCGGCCGGAUCUGUGCCGGCGACGCCGCUGUCUCACAUCAUCGCGACGGCGGCGGCCGAGUGCGGCGAGGGACCCGAGAUGCUGUCGUACCCCGCGGCCGUCAAGUUCUCGGUAUCGACGGAAGGAAAGGGCGAGGAGGAGAUUGCGUACCCGCUCAAGUACGACAUCAACUUUGUGACGGCCCAUCCGUGCGCGCCGUCGCACCGCGUCAGGAUGCUCAAGUCGCCGUCGAGCCCGACGAUUCAGAAGAUUGACGUGUCCGGGUCCGACAUGCUCGGCAAGGGCUCGCGCUCGGUGUACAGGAUGGGGCAUCCUCUUCACAAGCACUUCCGCUACAAGCUCAUUCACAUCUCCGAGCUGCUCGAGAGGAGACAAUCGACGCUCUCGGAACUCCUUCUCGACGCCGAGUCGAACAGGGCUGGGAAGGAGAGGCGAGUGCUCGUCAUCGACUGCAUCACCAGCUCGUCCAGCUGUCCGCUGUCGCCGACGCUCGAGCGGGUGAUUUCGUCGCCGUCGCCGUCACCGACGUCGGACCGCAAGGGCAGCUUCUCGGCGGCGGCGCAGAUGUAUCUCGAAUCGCAGAAAAGACUGUUCGGCUCGGACAUGGAGAUUAUGGUCCGGGCCAUGUGCGCACAGCGCGGGUGGAACGCCGUCAUCAGCAGGAGGAGACGAGGCUGUUUGGCGUGCGCGAUCCGGGAAGCGGCGGCGCUGGCAUGGCAGGUGAUCAUUCGGGUCGAGUAG